AUGCGUUUCCAAUCCCUCUUUACCCUUUUCGCCCUCCCGGCCGUCCUUGCCGGAGGAAACAGGCCCGGGUCCAAGGUCUCCGUCAUCUACGAGACCGACACAGUCGGCCCGUGGUUCGAGAACCUCGUCGUCCGCCCCUCGGGCACCAUCCUCGCCACGCGCAUGGACGACCCCGGAUCUGGCACAUCAACCCCCGCCGCAAGACCGGCCCUGACCCCGGACGUCUACGUCUUCAACGCCGGCAACUUCUCCCUCGCCCUCGGCGGCUUCGUCCCCGGCUCCCUCGCCGUCUGGAAGGUCGACUUGACCGUGAACUGGGGCCACUCCGCCCCCGUCCCCGAACGCGUCGCCAGCCUCCCCGAUGCCUUGUUCCUCAACGGCAUCGCGAGGUGGGACGACACCCGCGUCCUGGUCGGCGACAUUGUCGGCAACGUCGUGUACCUCCUCGACGUCACCACGGGCGACUUUGACGUCGCCAUCGACAUCCCCGAAACUACCCUCGUCAACGGCAUCCGCGUCCACGACGACACCGUCUACUUUGUCAGCGGCGCGGCCGGGAGCAUCUACCGCCUCCCCGUGGACGCCGAUGCCCUACCCACCGGACCCGCCCAGCUCAUCGCCGCCGACCUCAACCUUGACGACUUCGACAUGGCCGAUGACGGCACCAUCUAUGCCGCCGCCGUCUGGUCGAAUCAGCUCCUCAAGGUCACCCAGGCCGGCGCCGUCACCGUCCUUGCCGGCGGUCCCAACUCUGUCAAGUUGCUCUCCUGCACUUCGGCGCGGUUGGGCCGAACUCGCAAAGAUAGGAAUACCGUCUAUCUGUCCACCAUGGGCAAUGGCGCCUUCCCUAGCCCCGGCGAUGUCACCACGGAAGCCAAGAUUGUCGCCGUUAAGGUCUAA